AUGACUUUCACGCCUGACAACGAGCUCGACCUUUUCUUCCCGCCCGCCCUCAUUUCCGAGGAAGUCAAGACCCAGCUGCACUCUUCAUUACACAUUCGCCCGCUUGCGUCAACGGACUACCGCCGUGGCCACCUCGACGUCCUCCGCGUCCUCACCGUGACGCCCGACCCAGGCCAGGCAGCAUGGGAGGCGCAGUUCCACGCCAUGCGCUCCGCUCCCCACACAUACUACCCGCUCGUCAUCGUCGACAAAGCGACAGACGUUAUCGUCGCCGUCGGCUGCGUCUUCAUUGAACGCAAGUUCCUUAGAGGUCUCGGCAGCGUCGGCCACAUCGAAGAUAUCGCAGUCGACAAGGGCCAGCAGGGGAAGAAGCUGGGGCUGCGGGUCAUCCAGGCGCUCACGUAUAUCAGCGAGAACAGCGGGUGCUACAAGACAAUCCUUAACUGCAGCGAUGACAAUAUACCGUUCUACCAGAAGUGCGGCUUCGAGAAGAAGGAGAAUGAGAUGGCCAAGUAUAAGCCGUUGCCCGCCAGCGCACCUCCCAAACUUUAA